AUGCAGCCCACGAACAGCAGCAGCAGCAGCAACAGCGUCCCGCCGGCCGACGUCGUCGUCACGGACCCGGCGGCGUCCACGCCCUCGGCCUCCAACGGCACCGGGCUGUCCUCCUGGCCCGAGCUCAAGCAGCUGAACGCCGCCGUGACCGUCACGCCUCUGGACGGCGACGCCCAGCUGCGCAACCGCAAGCGCCAGCGGCCGUCCGCGCCCUCGUCGCCAUCCGCGGGCUCCUCGGCGCUGAGCUCCUUCCCCACGCCCGGCGAGCUCAAGCUCGACUUCGCCGGCUUCGAGGUCGGCAGCAACGCCUCGUCCGCCGUCAUGUCCUCGGCCCCGCUGACCGUGGCCACCAGCUCGUCGGCCAUGACGUACCCCGCCGCCGCCAGCUACUCGAGCGCCGUCUCCACGGACGACGUGCUGUCCUUCCUCAAGAGCCUGCAGCUGGCCCAGGACUCGGCCGCGCUCUCGCUAGCCACGCAGCGUCUGGCCCAGGACGGAUUCGACUCGGUCUUGACGCUGGCCUUCGCGGCCGUGAGCGAGCUGCAGCGCGCCGGCAUCGCGGACGCCCAGCUGGUGUGGCAGCAGGCCCGUCGCGACUUCCAGGCCCGGCGGUUCCAGGGCCCCGGCGUGCUUGCGCCCACCUACACGGUGUCGCGGUGGCUCGAGCUGUGCGGCAUCCCCAAGUCGUGCACCUUCGAGUAUGCCGAGUACCUGUGCCGUAUGGGCUACUCGGCCGUGCGCGACUUCGAGUUCAUCGUCCACGACCAACGCGCGCUCGCAGUGUUCAAGAUCGGCCACAGCCGCCUCGUGGUGCACUGCGUCACGGCCGCGGUCAACAACCAGCAGCAACAACAACAGCAGCAGCAGCAGCAGCAGUUCCAGGUGGCUAACUACCAGUACGGCUCACAUGGUCCCAAUGUGUACACUGCCGGAUCGUCCAGCGCGCUGCUGCAGCCGCUGGACAUCCAGCGCGAGAACGAGUUCGACGUGCAGGCCUACGACAGCUUCCUCGAGGCGCUGAUCGAGCCGACGGACGCCGAGCGGAUGCAGCAGCAGCAGCAGCGCUACUCGAUGCCGGCUCUGACACUCGGCCGCGAGAACCUCAUGGGUAGCGCCGACGUGUUCGGCAACCGCAUGAGUUUUGGUGGCGUGUCGGCGGUGGCGUCGCCCGUCCCAUCCAACAUGCCGCUGCGCCUGCUCCCCCAGGAGCACCUGCAGCUGCUGUACGAAGCGGUGAACCUGCCGCGCCCCAACCCGUGCCGUCGGGGCAAGAAGAUCUACUGGUCGGUGCUCGCCACGGGCGGUAUGAAGGAGGACCGGUUCGCGCCCUUGACCCAGUUCACGGCGGCCGAGCUACAGAACGCGUACCUGCGCCAGUUCGAGCUGCCGGCCAGCAACCCGGUCAAGAUGGACGCCUGGAGCGACGACAACAUUCGCCAGCUCGAGCACGCCGUCAAGGACCCGCGCUGCCGUCAUCUGUCCAAGGUGUGCUGGGAGAUGCUGGCCACGGGCCGCACGGGCGUCGAGGAGUACGCGCCCCUGUCCAAGUUCACUGCCUCGCAGCUGCGCUCGCGCUUCCGCUCGCUGUUCGGCGACAAGCGGCCUCAGAAGCUGCGCCAAAAGAAGCAGAUGCUCAAGCUGCAGCAGCAACAGCAUCAGCAGGAGCAGCAGGCAAAUAACGCUGCGAUGAUGAACGAGCGAUCGAUCUAGGGAUAGUAGGAGUGAUGAAGAAUUGUUGUAGUCAAUAAAAUGUGCGUUUUC